AUGGAGCUCCGAAUGUCGCCUCGCGAAUUUUGCCGGGCGCGCAGCUAUCCCAGCGAAAAUGAGCUUUCGUCUGGUCAGCAUGGCUGGAGCACCUCGGAAUGCUCGUCUUCCACAUGUGACACCAGCGGAUCGCGGAGCCAUUCCAACAAUUUCAGGUACUGUGGCGCCAGGAGUUCACCAUUCUCUUCGCUCAAGCGGUCGACGCGGCCGAAAGCACAGCAGCAAACCGAAACCAAGGUCACCGUUAUUUGUGCGAAUUGUGACGCGCUGCGGAUGCAACUCACCGAAGCAACAACCCAGUGUUACGACCAGUGGAUAAGCCGCAUCAAAGUACUGGAGGACAUGCUCCAGGAAAAGCAGAAGAUAAACGACGAGCUUCAAGCAGCGUGCUUAGAGCAGCGGCAAUUAUUCGAAGAGGGACAACGUCGCAUCGCGCUGCUCCAGAGAGAAGCCGAGGCCGAUACCCAAGUCGCCUUAAACCUGAAGAACCAAAACUAUCAGCUGAGUGACGCCAUAAGGCAAAAGGACGACCUCAUAGAGGAGCUCUGUGCCGAGAUAAAACAACUGCAAGAAAAGAACAGGCACAACGCGAAACUUCAAGAACUCGAUAGGCACACCAUCGAUAAGCUGCGUCGAAUGGUGGCUGCGAAAGGCGUGCAGCAUAAAGGCAGUUCUUCAAGCGCCAAGCUAAAUCGAAAGGUGCACCGAAGAGAGACAAUCGCACAAAGGACACGGCAUCAACUGAAAAGAAGGCGUCGAAUGAAAGGGCUCAGUGGAACUGUGGGCCCUUUGAUAUUGCUGCCAGCCGAUAACGCAACCUCAUGGGAAACAGAUGUGGCAGGCGCCUUUGUCACCAGUGGGAUGCAAACUUAA